CGCGCGUGUGUGUGUGUGUGCGGCGGGGGCGGAGAGUGCGCUGCGGAUCUCCCUCUUUAAGGAGAAUGAAACUCGAUCCCGUCUCGCCGGUAGCGUCCGGUAUAAAACAGUCCAGCGGAAGAAGAGCCUGUGAGAACAAUAUCAGAGUGAUCGGAGACUGUGGAGUUCACGAUCACCGAAAUCACGCGCAGAUCUCCAGAUGUCCGGGAGUUUCGCACAUGAGCUGACACUCGGACGCUGCGCUCCUCCGUUAUUCCUCUCGUUUCCACGGAGAACAUGAUGCAUCCCGGCAGGAUAGACAGAUAAUGACCGCGCUGCUCGUUUCUAAUCAAUCGAUGAUACUUAGAGGCUUUUUUACGCAUGAGAAGAAGACUGCACGGACGCACCAGCUUUGAAUCGAAGUCGUUAAAGCUCGCCGAUAUCUAUUCCUGUAUGAAAACAUGAGCUCGUUGUUGUUUGGAGAAGGUUUUUUGGGCGGCGUGGUGAGCGGCGCGCCGUCGGACGCGGUUCCCAGAGCGCUGCGCAACGACCUGGGAUCCAACAUCCAUGUCCUCAAGACCCUCAACCUGAGGUUCCGCUGCUUCCUCGCCAAAGUCCAUGAGCUGGAGAGAAGGAACAAACUUCUGGAGAGCCAGCUGAAGCAAGCCUCCGGUCAGCCGAGGCAGCAGGGCUUCUCCUUCACGCGUGAAGUCGCGGUCCAGACGGACUCCGCGGGGUCCAGACUUCCAGGCAACAUCUGGAGCUUCACGCACAUUUUGAGACACGGAGAGCGCGUCAAGACUGUCCAGGGACCCGGAGUCACCUGGACCCAUCCGGAUGGGGUGGGGGUCCAAAUCGACACCAUCACCCCAGAACUGAGAGCCUUGUAUAACGUUCUGGCCAAAGUCAAACGCGAGCGGGAUGAGUACAAGAGAAAAUGGGAAGAGGAGCUGUCGAGAAGAGAACAGAUGGAGUCGAAGGUGCAGACGCUGCAGGAGAAUGUAAACGAAUCCGAAGCCAUUCAGGACGAGCUGAACGAGAAGGUCGAAAGACUGAAAGCUGAACUGGUGGUCUUCAAGAGCCUCAUGAGCGAUGCUGGCGGACGCCGCCACUCUAAAGCUGUAGAGAACCGGAGGAAAAUCCUGGACCUGAAACAAAUGUCCGACCUCGACACCAAGAUUCAGGAGAAAGCCAUGAAGGUGGACAUGGACAUCUGCAGGAGAAUCGACAUCACGGCCAAACUGUGUGACGUGGCUCAGCAGAGGAACUCAGAGGACGUGUCGAAGAUGUUCAGCGUCAGUCCAUCCAGAGCAUCAGCAGACAGGAUGGCUGUUGUGUGCAAAAAGAAGGAGAAGAAGCCAGUAUCAGAUGAGGAAAACUCAGAGAUGGAUGCAGAUCCCAGCACUUCGGAGGAGGACGUCCCAUUCAACAUCACAGACGAGAUGAAACGCAUGAUCAACCAGCUACAUUAUUCAGAUAACUCAUUUGUUGCUAGGCGGGAGACGUUUGAGAUCGAUGAUGACUGUGACAGUUUGACAUGGGAAGAGAACGAUGAUACGCUGCUGUUAUGGGAGGAUUUUGCCAAUUACAACGUGCCCUACGGCCUUACUAACAACACCGGUGCCCUCGACUGCAACGCAGACGCACAAGAAACGGACGGUAGUCUAGGAAAUCUCAUCGAUGAGACUGAGUCUCUUAUCAAGACCAGAGAGCAGGAAUAUCAGGAGACAAUCGGACAAAUCGAGAUGGAGUUGGCCACGGCUAAGAGUGACAUGAACAGACAUCUGCAUGAGUACAUGGAGAUGUGCAGCAUGAAGCGAGGGCUGGACGUGCAGAUGGAGACGUGCAGGAGAAUGAUCAAGGGUGGCAGAAAUUCUCUUUCCAUCAGCUCAUCUGUGAGCAGUGACUCAGGGAACACUGACGAGAUACAAGACGAGUCGGACAAGGAUGGAGAGAUGGAGGGGCCAAUCAGCUGAUACCUGCCCAGGCUGACCCCGCCCUCUUCCCCCCACUGAGCUCCAAUCAGAUCUCGGGCCUCCCAGCAAUCAGCCAAUGGCGUUACACUGAGGAACAGAGCCCACUCACACAAACCCCAGAUCCUGUAGGUGCUUUAAUGUCUCCGUGUCAGAGUGGGGUGGAGUUGAUGAGGGUUGUUUUUGUGAUUCAACAUCAAUAUUGAUGCGUCACAUGGUGCCACAGCUGUCACAGGUCAGCUGAACUCUGAAUCAGAUCAAUCCCAGCCAAAAUACGUCACACAAUACACCCGAUCAAACCUGAAAUUAAGUCCAUAUCUCAAUUAGAAACCGGAAAACGUUCAUGCAACAUGAGUGAUACGCAAGACUGAAAGCCAAUCAGAGCAAAAAGGACUGACCUUCAGAAUGCUUUCCUUAAUAUUUGUGGCUUUUUAUUUUUCUAAAAACUACUUCAGAAAUCAAUGGUUUACUGCAGAAACAUUUUGGCCUUUUUAAGCCCCGAAUCCAGUCGAAGAUGUUCAGCGAAUGUGGAACACAGAAAAAGCCCAUGUUCUAUGCAAUCAGCCUUAUUUCAUGAUAUGUGUUUUCCCAGCUAACGAAACUAAGCUUUAGGAAUGUUUUGCUGACAUUCCCAGUUAGUAAUGUGAAUAUUAUUUAUGAAUGUUCUCUGAACAUCAAAAUGUUUAAAUGUUUUAACCCUCUGGUGCUCUUCGGUAUAUAUAUAUUAGUUUUUUUAAAUCCAAUAAUUGUUUGCGUUUUUUUUUUUUUUUUUUACUUCAUCAGAAUGCAAUGAAACUUGGUAAAGGUUUUGGCACUUUUUAUGUGAACAAAAUAUAUAAAAAAUUCACACAGUGGAAAUGAUUGGGAAGUGAAUUUUAUCUAGUGGAAACAUUUGGUACUGCGCUCAAAGAACGUCUCACAGAAAACUUUUUUUUUUUUUUUUUUUUGAUAUCAAAUUUGGAACACACUUGUUUAGAUUUAUGGCUUUGACUUUCCCACAGUUUUAAAGUGAAAUGUUUUGGAAAAUAUGUAAAUAUUAAAAUACGUAAAUUUAUAACAUUAAAGCUAAACUUUUUCACUUAAAAACUUUUUUCACAUAAACAAUAAUCCGCAAAGCGUUUUCUUUAAGAAAGAGACCAAACCUAAGUCUGUUCUCCAAAGCUUUUAAAAUUUAUGACAGUUUUUCAGGUCUAUGCUCAAAAAGUGCUUAACAUUAAUAAAUGGAUUAUAACUACUGGAAAAAAUACAAAUUAAUACCAUAAAAUCCCCUAAAAAUACAAAAUGUUAAAUUAAAAAAUACAUAAAAACUAAAACAUAGUACAUUCAUUUUAUUGAAAUAAAAAAAUAAUUCAGUGAUUUUUUUUUUUUACCUUCACACAACGCACAUCAGAGGGUUAAAAAUUAUGUUUUGUUUUUUUCUGGUUCUGCGAAUGUUAAGGGAACAUUCAAUUUUAUAACAUUACAAUAAUUUUGCUAACGUUGUUGAAAUGUUAGUUUUGAAUGUUCUCUGAACUAUCUGAAACAAGUAGUUUCACUUAAAAAACUAAUGUCCAACUAAAAGUUUCAGAAAAAAAAAAAAAGUUUAAUAAAUGUUUUAUUUUUUUAUUUUAUUUUUGCCAAAGUUUUGAGAACAUUAUUAACGAACGUAAGAACAUAAGCAACACCUUUCCUAUUAGCUGGGUUGGAUUUGCCUUAGGUGAUUUCAUGUGUUAUGUACAAUGUUCACGUGUUAAUGUUUACGCACUUAAUGGCAAAUUCUGUGGACUAUGUCCCAUCAUUUUUAGCAGAAACCAAUGAAGAUUGAAGCUUUUUCGAGAGUCACACAUAUCAGUAUCUCAAACAUGAAAGAGCUGUGUGCCUAUAAAUACAUUGCCGGUUCAUUUUGGAUGGCCUUACUGCAUUUCCACUUCUUUCCAAAGUUUGCACUCACGGUAAUCAUGGGAAGAGUUUUCAGGUGGAGGUUUUGAUUGUACAUUGACCAAGCUGGGUGUAUCUGAAAUUAUACCCAUGUCUAUAAAUAUAUGUAGAUGCAAAAGCAUAGGAUUAUGGGAUUGGACGUUGUAUUGAAGCCCUUAUGAUGGCCACUCUUCCAGAUUCAGGUUUGUUUUCCUGGAUGUGGCUUAUAACAUUUCUGUAUCGAUGAGGUUUGUUAAUAUGGUGGUCUUUUUGUUUUCUUUUUUGGCUUCUUUGUAUUUAGCAUUUUUAUCUUAUACGCUAUUGGUCAAAAGUUUGGAAGAAUUACGAUUCUUAAUGUUUUUGAAAGAAGUCUCUCCUGCUCCUUGUUUGAUCAAAACACAAACAUAUGAAGCAGCACAACUGUUUUCAACAUUAAUAAUAAGAAGAAACAUUUCUUAAGCAUCAAAUCAGCAUAUUAGACGACUGGAGUAAAGAUUCUGAAAAUUCACAUGAAUAAAUUACAUUUUAAAAUAUGUCAGGUAUUUUAAAUUGUAAUGGUAUUACACAUUAUUACUGGUUUAACUGUAUUUUUGAGCAUAAGAGACAAACUUUUGACCAGUAGUGUACAUUCCUGGGUUCAUAUUUAAACAUAUUUAAUCUGAAAUAUGGGGAAAUUUGAUGGGUUUUAUUAAACUGAUCAGUGAUUUAAUAAUAAGAUCAAAUAUGUAAAUAUAAGCUCAAAAUAUGGUCGCAAACUGUUUUAAAAAAAUAUUUUAUAGUAAAUAAAUCAGUAGGCAUAACUUUUGUUUAUUCAAUUAGCUAAAAAGUUUAAUAUCAUAUCUGAUCAAAUCAUCUGUAAAUUUUGCAAUUUUGUUUGUGUAUUUGAUUUCCUAACUUAUUAAAAUGAUAGGACAAAAUCUGGCUUUUGAAUUUCCUAAAUAUGUAAAAAUCAAUUGAUUGUAUAAUGUUCAGGAUUUUUAGGGCUAAUUUGAAAGCUUUUCCCUGGAAAAUGAAACAUGCACUUUUAGAGUCUUCCCCUUUUCAAGCACUGUUAGUAUAUUUUUUAUUGUUUACGGUGAAAAUCAAGCACAUUUUUUUGGUCUGAAUCUGGAUAACAUGGACCAGAUGUCUCUUCUCAAAACCGAUUUUAUGGUUUUUGAACAAAUAAAAAUAGGAAAAGGGCAGUAUCACAAGAAUUAAUGCGCAAAAUCAUAUUCAGAAAUGUUUUCUGAAUUAAUUCCAUUGUGUUUAUUAUGUUUUAUAGAAAAAAGUUACAGUUAUAUAUAUACAGUAUAAAGUAAAGAAAAAUACAUGUUUGUGAGCUUUAAUGUUGUAUUCAGAUGGAAUUUACUGAAACUGGAUGAGAAAGUAAUGCUGUCGUCAUCAUGUUUGUCUUUUUGUCAUUUUAAGGAAAGCACAAAAUGGCAGCAAAUGUAGGUGCACAUUUCUGUAAAAGAUGAAACUGUUGUGAUGGGGUCAUGUAGCGCUAACAAACACAAGCUAAAAGCCAGAAACAUGCUCAAUAAAACUGAGGUUUUGUAGCAUUUGACAUCACAGACUUGCAUAGAGUAUGUUUCAGGCCGAACAUUUUGUCUUCAUAUCAAAUAUGGUGUUUUUCUUAACCCUUGUGAACUUGGUGAAUCCAGUCAGAAAUGUCUUUUGCCUUUUAAAAACUGCUUGUAAAUCUCUCAUUAUGCUACACCAUCACCAGCGCUGGGUAGAUUACUGUAGUCCAUAACUGAUUACAGAAUUCUAGUUACAUAAUCUGUUGGAUUACACGUAUUAAUUAAUGUAUUAUGAGUGCUUUUUGAUUAUUUUUGUAAUCCAUAAAAACGUAACUGUAAUCUUAUGGGCAUUUUAAAAAGGUAAUCUAAUCUAAUUACAAGUACUUCUGAUUUGAUUAUGUCAUCCAGAUUCCAUGCAAUCAGGUACUACCCAGCGCUGUCUUUUUGUGAACUUGUUUUCUUUCAAUUAACUAAGAUUUUUUAUUUCUUUUUGAAAGUGACUGGUCAUCUGAGUUUAUUCACAUCAGUUUAUGAGUGAAAAAAAGCAUUAUUUGUAGUUAUACAAAUAUUCGCUAAAAAAACGGAAGUGCAUAAGCUUAAAUGUGUUCUGAUUAAAUGAAAACAAGUUGAUAAAAAAGACAAUAGAAUAUCUGGUAAUAAUAUGGCAUAACAAUUUAUAAGGAUUUUUUGUAGGCAGAUCAUUUUUAAUCAGGAAAAAAUACCAAAAAUGUACACAAAUUACAUAAAAAAAUUAUCUCUAAGCAAGGUUGCCACAUUUUAGUAUAAUUCAAUAAUGUUAAAUAGGAUUUUCAGGAAAAAGAAAAGUCUUUAUGGGUUAAAAUGACUGGAACAAAAUGAGUUAAGAAUGCUAAAUGUUGUCACAUCAAGAUUUGCCUUUAUGUACAGAAUAUCACAUGAGCUCAUGAGUAGAGAAUGAUAUUUAGUUCAUGAGACACAACGUUAGUUGGAUGUUUUUCAUCAUUUGACCACUGGGAUUCGACCAUAUGAGGUCUGUUCGCCAGACUUUGUUCUGAUCUGGACUGAAGUGGGGUUUUGACCAUUCGCCAAGCUGACUACACAAUAACUUGCACAAUUACUUUUGAAAUGAAUAUGGAAUUUCUAAUGAAGCAUAAAGCACCAGUUCAUUAGACCCCAUCAUCAUACCAGCAUCUGUGAGUUUUACUGAAAGCCUACGAAAGAUUUUCAGCUUCUGAAUCCUUCUCAUAGCACUGUUUAUUAUCUUGAUUUUUAUGAUAUUUACUUUGACGUCUGAAAUGAUCAUUAUACGUACAUUAGAACAUGAUGCUGUCUUUGUUAUUAGUUUUUGCUGCAAAUGAAUUUUCCUGGUGUGUGAGCUACUGGUGUAUGUUUGAAAAUAAUGAAUGUAAUUGGUGCUGGGGUCAAAAAGAAUAAAAAAUAAACAUAAUUGAAUAA